CUCGGCCUUGGCACCCCCCCAACCUCCACGGACAUGAUGAGACGAGUUUCAGAACCAGCUCCUCCACUCGCUCACCAUGGUUCCAUGAUGCUUGCUAAACACACAGACAAAUUGGCCACGGAAUCUGUCGCUAAAAGAGACCAUCUUUUGUACAUAAAUAGAUAUCUAUCGUUGUCGCAGAUCUGAUCCACGUCAUGCAAAUCAUACAACUGUUCGUCAAUCAACUACGAUCAGCCGCUUCAAACUUAACAAACUGUCAUCCACGCGUUAUAACAGCAGCAUCGUCGUCACUUCGUCGUCCCCUGGCAUCGCUCUGGCCGAUCUUUAUUAGACAAAUCCACAAAUAUGAGAGUCUUCAACAUUCUCACGCUCGGUGUUGCCGUCGUCUCUGCAGCUCCAUACGGAUCUACCACCACAUCUGUCGGUCAGACGGUACGAUCAACAACAACAACGCUGAGUCCUGAAGCUUGCAACCAAGCAUCAAUCACCACAUGUAUGGCCACGACCGGACUCGAUGGACCGUCGUGCUUCGUUCAAAUCUGCACCAGUACAUCAGACGCCGAGUUGAGGCGCCGCCAAGAUUUCAAAAUAGCACAGGACAAUGACGACACGCCCGCGUCGUGCAACGAGGACAGCCUAUUAGACUGUGCUGUAAGCCAGUGGAGGAACCCCGAUAUCUGCUUCCAGCAAUUGUGUUUAUAAGGCUAUGUGCAUGGUUGUGUCAUGGGGACCGGACGCAGGGAGGCCGCGCCAGAUCUACUACGGCUAGAUAUGAUGCUUUACCAGUCUCGGCCAAAUACGCCCAUUCAUAUAAACGAUCAGCGCGGCGCUUAGCAUGGUCCGUUGAGGGACGACG